CGCUUCUCCCGUUCCGACUACCGCUGCGGCUCGCCGUUGCGGCGCUCGUUCUCUCCGGAACUGCCUCCGUUCCCCGGGGACUGCAGUGAGUUUGGCCGCUUCCGUCACCCGUCCCCGGGCUACGGCGACGAUUUCCGGCGCUACUCCGGCCCGCGCUACGACGACUGCUACCCGUUCUCGGCCCGUGACUGCUCGCCGCCGCGCUACGGGGACUACGGCUCGCGCUACGGCAGCUACGGUCCUCGGUUCGGCGACUACGGCUCGCGCUACCGCGACUACACUCACCGCUACCGCGAGUGCUCGCCGCGCCGCGCCGGCGACUACGAGGACUUCUACUGCCGGGACAACGAGGAGUUCGGACGGUUCUCGGAGCGUCGCUCCCGAGGACUGAGCCGGGACCGGUCCCGCUUUAACCGCUCGAUCGCCGUCGAUACGCUCUCGCCCGGCCGGUGUGCCGAGUACUCUCCGAGUCGGUACGCUGAGGAGUACCGCCGCCAGCGCCGCGUGCGUCACCGCUCCCUCUCGCCGGUGCCGUACUACGGCUACUCCGCCCUCGACCGCUCUCCUGAGGAGCUGCAGGUUACCGUGCGGGCUCGGUCGGCUACUCCGUCAGGCCGCCGUUCCGGCAUCAUGUCUCGGUCCAGGAUGGGCUCGGAGCACGCCGCUUACGUGGCCGACAUGACGUCCCGCUACCGGCGCGACAACGAGCGGCGCCGCGAGUUCUCCGCCGAGUCCGACACCGGCAGCUCCCAGCUGCCGCACGUGGAGCGGGUGGAGUUCUACGCGCCGCAGAACGCGCGCGAGCACCACACCCUGCGCUAUGAGGUGGUGCAGGACCGGUACCGGGCCGAUCCCGUGCUGCGGCGCGGUCAGCCCUUCUACAUGGCCAUUCGACUGGGGCGCCCGCUCGACUUUGCCCGCGAGCGCAUGUACGUCGUGCUCAAGUAUGGACCGCGGCCGGUGGUGACGCUGGGCACCAAGGUGUACCUGCCCGUCGGAAAGAAGGAGUUUACCAAGGAGAAGCAGCAUUGGGACUGUCGCGUGCACGGGGACGAUGGCGCCACCGUGGUCCUGCAGAUCCAGAUCCCUUUCGACUGCCUGGUCGGUGACUGGAGCUUCAGCAUCCAGACGAUCGGGGCCGAGAGCGUCGGGCGCCGUCGGGCCGAGUACAAGUGCCGAGAGAAUGUCUACAUCCUCUUCAACCCCUGGUGUCCCGAGGACGCCUGCUACAUGGAGGAUGCCGCCGAACGCGACGAGUACGUCACCAGCGACACGGGCAAGAUCUUCGUGGGCGCGCAUCGUCGCUACCGCGGCCGUCACUGGGUGUUCGGCCAGCACGACAACAUGGUGCUGCCGGCCGCGCAGCUGAUCCUGGAGCGCUCCGGCCUCAGUCACGCCGAACGCGGCAGCCCGGCCAAGGUCGUGCGCGCCCUCACCGGUACCCUGCACUCGGAGAACCACGGCGGCGUGCUGCAGGCGCGCUGGGACGGCCAAUACGAGGACGGCGUCUCACCCUGGACCUGGACCGGCAGCGUCAGGAUCCUGGAGCAGUAUCUGCGCAGCGGCGGACGCACCGUCAAGUACGGCCAGUGCUGGGUCUUCUCCGGCCUGCUAACCACCGUGUGCCGCGCGCUGGGCAUCCCAUGCCGCAGCGUCACCAACUUCGUCUCGGCUCACGACACGGACGGCACCCUCACCGUUGACAAGUUCUUCGACGCCUUCGGUGACGAGAUCGAGCACGGUCCCACGGGCGACUCCAACGAUUCUCUCUGGAACUUCCACGUCUGGAACGACGCCUGGAUGGCGCGGCCCGACUUGCCCCGCGGCUACGGCGGUUGGCAGGCGUGCGACGCCACCCCCCAGCAGGAGAGCGACAACAAGUUCCAGUGCGGGCCCUGCUCGCUGGAGGCCAUCCGACGUGGUGAGGUGGGCUUCGGCUUCGACACGACCUUCCUCUUCUCCGAGGUCAACGCGGACCUGGUGCACUGGCAGGAGGACGACGCCAGCGACUGGGGCUUCAGCAAGGUCAAGCGGGACCAUUACCACGUUGGGAGGUCGGUACUGACGAAGCGGUGUGGCGCAGCCGACAGCGACGAUGAAGCGGAUGCUGACGACAUUACCCACCUGUACAAGAACCCGGAGGGCACUGCCGCCGAGAGGAUAGCGGUGUUUAACGCGGUGCGCGGCACGGUCGGAGCCCAGAAAUACUUUGACUACCCGGCCAGCGACGACGAGGACGUCCAGUUCCAGCUGGCCGACAUUGAUUCGGUCAUGAUUGGACAGCCCUUCCACGUUGAUGUGAACGUACUGAACAAGUCAGCCGAGCCCCGCACCAUCAAGGCCUUCAUGCACGCCAACAGCGUCUACUACACCGGCAUCAAGGCGCUGGACAUCGUGAGGGAGCCGGUAGAGUUCACGCUGCAGCCCGGACAGACUGAAUCGGUGGUUGUCAAGAUCACACCCGAAAAGUACAUGGACAAGCUUGUUGACUACUGCAUGGUGAAGGUCUACGCCCUGGCCAAUGUCGUAGAGACCCGCCAGUCGUGGAGCGAGGAAGAUGAUUUUGUCAUUUCCAAGCCGAAACUGCGUAUCGAGGCCGACCAGCCGUGCGUGGUGAACAAGGAGUGCCGCGUCAGCUUCUCAUUCAAGAACCCGCUUAACAUGGAGCUGAACGGCUGCAUGCUGAGCAUCGAGGGCUCCGGCCUCACCCGACCUCGCGUCAUGAAGCUCAAGAG